GCUGAAGAAUCUGGCUUUUUGAAGGCCUUCCACAGCCAUGGAGCGGCCCAUCGAUGUUCUUUGUGAGGAGGAAAGGCUGCGGCGCCUUUCUGAGCGGGUCACCUUCGAUGGAGGUGAUUCGGCGGAGCCAGCACGUCAAAGAAGGGCCAGGAUCCUGGUUGAGGAGAUGACCACUUUGGGUCCUCGCCUGCGAUCCAAAAGCAACGAAGAUCGCCGGUUCAAGGCCAUCAGAGCUCUGGAAGCAGGUUUGCAUGCGCGGUGGAAAGCAGUGGUUCAUGAGAUGUCUGAGGGCCACAAGGGCCCAUCCGAGCGUGUGAGGAAAGCAGCAGAGGAGGAUUUGGAGCGUACAGCUGUGCCGGUGCCAACGCCUCAUCCUACUAUCCCUGAAGAUAUUCAUAGCAAACUGCUGGAUGCCUUAGAGGGCGUGACAGUUCGAGCUGUAGUUGGACUGCGGGGUUUGACUGAAGUCCCUCCCAAUGUGGAGGCUGUCACACUGGCAGUUUUGCACCUGGUGAGUUGUGAGUACCUGGGCCAGAUGGGCCUCGGUCCUGAAGCCCCAGAGAAUUGGGAGGAAGCCCGGAGAGUCUUGCUGAAGCCUGGCCAUUUCGUGAGCUCUUUGCGCAAGUUCCCCUCUUCUUUGGAGCAAGGGCAAGUCAAUGAUAGCAAUAUCAUUUUUGCGCAGAAGAAGCUCCUGCAGAUUGGGAACGCUGCAAGCACCGGCCUGGCGGAAGUCCACGAAGGUGCAGUUCAGCUCUAUCAUUGGCUGCGUGCCGCCUUACAGCUGGCUCCAAGCUCCUUAGUGGCAGCAGCAGCCAGCCCAGCUCGCGCCAGUGCAAGCCCACUGGAUCCACUGCAGCCGGCCUACCCAAGAUCCGCGCCAAGUUCGCCACAACACAAGAAAGAGGAAGUGAAACCCAGUCCAUCAAAGACGACACCCAAAGCUGCACCAGUGAGGCCGAUGUCUCCAAAAGCGGCAUAUCGUACCCCACUGGCAGCCAAGAGUGUUAGCAAUGGCUACCACAAAUCGCCCAACAAUUCUGCCACCAGUGCCACCAUCAGUACCUCAAGAUCUGCUGGAUUCAAUUUGUCUUGGUCCACUCUGAGCGCCGGCACAGGCGGCGCAGCAAAGUCGCAGCCGAAGCCAUCACGUGUGUCUACUACAGGAGUGAGCCCAAGAAGGCGGUCCAGUCCGUCACCAACUCCUGCCUUAACUGGUAAGCAACCAGUGGUGUCUUCCAAGGGAGUUUACGUUGCAAAAGCCCAACCUUUGCGCCCAAGGAACUCGCUAAACGGGACUGCAUCUCCUCAACCAACAAGACCGCAAGCAAAGGAUCUCGAGGUCAAACCGCCAUCCUUCGCACGCUCCCGAAGCGCGGGUCGCGAGACCAAGAGCCAGGAAGUGGUGGCAACAGGUGGGAGCAACUUGUCCUUUGCAUCGAUCUCCACGGCUGCCAUGCCCACAUCCAAAGACUUCGCUGGGAUUCGGAUCCGUUUGGAUCAAGAGAAGAAAGAGGUGAGACAAAUGCGUGGUAUGGAGUCGCAACUCAAGUGGGAUAUGCUACGAGAAGAACGGAAUCAAACAGAGGAGGAGAGAAGGGAAGAGGCCAGAAGAAUCAUGGAGUGGAGAGAUCGAGAAGCCAAAGAAAUGAGAGAGUAUGUGGAAGGAAAGUCUCGAGAUCAACGUCUUCAUGAACUAUUGGAGUCCAAGGAAUAUCAGGAGUUCAAGCGGGCAUGGAAGCAAGCCAUGCGCAAAGAAGAGAUCGAGCGAAUAAAGGUGCAGCUCGCUGAAAAUCUGGACAAUGCCCAGUGGCGCUUAGAGUUGCAGAGAGCUUUGGAUCUAGAUCGGCAGAUGGCUUUGCAAGAAAAUAUGGAGGCUCAGCAGGAGCUGCGAGAGUUGAAAGAGAAGGAGCGGCAACGAGAGAAGGUGAUGCAGGAGGAGGACAGAGUCCAUGACCUGACCCUUGAGUAUGCACACCAGGCCCAGCAGAUCUCGACUGAGAAGGAGGCGCUGCUGCGCUCAUUAGCCCUGCUCCGGGAACGCCAGAAGGCUCCGGUGGCCGGUACCGCAACGAAGGCCGGUACUACCAUCUGGCCCCUCGCACGGUGAUGUUGCUGAUGUGCUCACGGCUUGAAUACCCUGGCAGCCACUGUGGGGUCUGCAGCUUGAGCCAAGUGCUUUGUUUUGCACGGCCUGCGUGCUUGGCUGCUGGUCCUUCAGCCGCCAGGGGUUGCCAAUGCCCUUUGCAAUCAAUUCAUGUUCGGGAGUGGCGCAGACGGGCAGGCUGUC